AUGGUACGAAAUUACAUUCGGAAAACAACGCGGCAGUCUUGGCAAGAAUCGGAAAUGAAAUCUGCACUUGAUGCCGUUCUUAAAAAUGAGAUGGGGUUUAAAAAAGCUUGUCAGACCUUUAAUGUCCCUAAGAGCACUCUAAGGGACAGUUAUAAGAAAGUUGUCGACAAAUCUAUCACCCUUGAAAACUGCGCAAAAAAGUGCUCUCUUGGAACAAUUAAAACCGUGUUUACAAAAGAGCAAGAAAAUGAAUUAUCUGAACAUAUAAUUCAGCUCGAAAGCCGUUUGUUCCCCAUAACUAUCAAGGAUUUGCGUAAACUUGCAUUCCAACUAGCAGAAAGAAAUAACAUACAAAACGAUUUUGACAAAGAAACUGGGAUGGCUGGAUAUAAGUGGGUGCAAAAUUUUUUGAAGAGAAAUCCUAAAAUUAGCCUUCGUAAGCCGGAAGGAACCUCUGGAGCCAGAGCCAUGGGUUUCAAUCGAGUAUCUGUCGCUAAGUUUUUUGAGCUGUUGACAGAAUUAAUGGAUAAAUACCACUUCUCACCUGAUCGUAUUUAUAACUUCGACGAAACGGGCAUAUCAACGGUUGCCAAAAAAGUAUCAAAAGUAUUGGCUAAGAAAGGAAAACCCCAGGUUGGAACUCUUACUGCUGCAGAACGUGGCAAAACAAUAACAAAUGAAAUCUGCAUGAGUGCUUCUGAACAGUUUAUACCGCCUUUGUGUGUUUUUCUCGAGUCAGAGCGCAUAGACAUGUAA